CAAACACUAACUUCACACGCAAGCACCGUGUUCGAUCAUAUAGUUUCAGUAAACUUUAUUCUCACUGGAGAUUAACACUCCCUGAAUGUAUAUUAUUUCAUACGCACAAGCUUCUUUAGUGAUCAUCGUGAAGACAGAUAAACCCGCCAGCGUCCACCUUGACAAGCGAGGAUGCAGCAACUUACAAGUUUGUAAAAAGGAGGCAGCUCAGUGGACCACCCCCGCAGCCCCGACUGCCAGCAGCACGAGCAGUGGCAGACCACGCCGGGACACCAGCUGCGACUCUGCUCCAUCGCCCUCCGUAGUUGUCUCUUCGCCACCUCCGGCCGGUGCUGCUGCUCCGUCAGACGGGGAGUCAGAACCAGCCUCAGUAUCACCCCUCUUCUUCCUCACUAAAUAGAACGAGAAACACUUCUACAGUAAGCAGUGAGUAUUCUCACUCGUAUCUGGACACACAAUUUUAGUUAUUUUUGAUGUUAUACAAGUCAUACUUUUUCGAAGUAAUAACUGUUUUAAUAAGACUA